GCAGAUUUAACCCUCCUCCGCACGGAAGUAAAAGCGACUUUGGCGCGAGCCUGAAGCUGCGUUAGCUUCAGUACAUCACAUGAAAAGAUCCAAAAUCGACCCGCACCAUAGCUUUGUGAGUACACUUGAAACAUCUGGAGAUGAGGAAUAUUAUUUAACAAAAGAUCAAAAUAUUCCGACCAUAUUGCAUCGAAAUUUAGGAGAAAUAAAGAAUUCAGUCGCUUAUGUUGGUAGAACAGGGUUCAUUGUUUUUCAUGGACACAAAUUUUACGAUGCGAGCGAUAUGGAGCUGGUGAUGUAGUUGGAUGUGGCAUUUUGUUCGAUACAAAC